AUGCACUCAAAGUCUCGAAAAGUCAUUGUUGCAGGGCUUGAGCAAAGGUUUUGCCAGCAAUGUAGCAGGUUUCAUCAAUUGUCUGAAUUUGACCAAGGAAAACGAAGCUGUCGCAGAAGACUUGCCGGACACAACGAGCGUCGAAGGAAGCCACCACCUGGAUCUCUAUUGUCCACUCGCUAUGGAAAUUUUUCUUCAUCCGUCUUUGAGACCGAUGGCAGAAAUGGAGGUUUCGUGAUGGACUUCUCUUUGUACCCAAGUGCAGCCGGGAGAAAUUCAUGGCCAAAUAUGUCAUCAUCUGAACGAGGAUUGGGGAAUCAAGUUACUGUCGCCGAAAAGUUUCUUCCAUCACCAUGGCAUAGCAACUCAGAGAAUCCUCCACCACCCAAUCUUCUGCAAGGUUCAACUACUAGUGCCAGCUAUUUAGGUCCGAGAUUAUCUUCUGGAAGUUUCAGUGGAGUCUCGGACUCCGGCAGUGCUCUCUCUCUUCUGUCAAGUCAGACCUGGGGCUCAAGAAACAUACCCUCUUGUCCCGGGCUGAACACUUUAUAUGGUGCCAAUGGGACACCCGUGGUCCAGCCACCAGUUGCACAUGAUGCACCUGUUGGCAACUUUAUGAGCCUUCCAUGGGGAUUCAAGGACAACCAAGCUAGUACCGGUUCCCACGAGAUGCCCCCCGAUCUUGGUUUAGGUCAGAUUUCACAUCCGGCCAACAGUCAAUAUUCCGAUGAGCUCGCAUUGGCUCAACAAGGUGGCGGACAAUACCAUGAACUCGAGCUCUCAACUGGUUAUACUUCUUCGGUCGAGCAUAUGCACUGGUCUCUUUGA